AAUCUUCACAUAUUGACAGAUCUGUGUCUGCAGAUGAUAGUAAACACCUCAAUGUUAAAUUAUUGAUUGAGAACUUGAAGAAUAUAAUAAUGAAGAAAUUAUCUGUGUUAUAUAUAACUGAGUCUUCUAUGUCUCUCUCUGCUCUUUCUAUUACUGUUUCUUUCUCUGUCACUUCUUCUCAAUCUUCUACACUUAUCUCUGUUUCUUGCUCUCCCGCUUUUGUCAUCUCUAUUCCUGCUAUUCUCACUUCUGCUACUUCUGUCUUCUCUGUCUCUGCUGCUUCUGCUGUUAUCAUCAGCUCUUCUUAUUUCAAGAAGAUGUUGUGUAGACUUGAUAAAUUACAUUUCUCAAGAAUUACUCUUCUUUUUAACAGUAUUAAGAAAAUUAUGAAGAAUAUCCAUGUUUUCAGAAAUGAGAAUAUGAAUAUCAUACUCUUUUACACUUAUAAAUGUGAGGCUU